AUGAAUGAUAUCUUGGGGAGCAAAACACCAAAUAAUCACCCUGGCCCAAGCUCUGAUGAAGAGGGGGGAUCUUUGGAGAUGAACCAGGAGCUCUGUUCUGAUCCCUCCGUUCCACUUAGAGCCCAAGUGGAGGGAGAGGGAAAUAGGGGACAGAACCAGGACUUGGACCUAGAUCUAGAACAGAGACAUGAUCUGGACCAGGAACAGGCCCAGGAUCAAGAUCAAGAUCAAGAUCAAGACCAAGACCAAAACCAAGACCAAGAUCAAGACCAAGACCAAGAACAGGAUCAGGAUCAGGAUCAGGAAGGAGCAGGAAGCGAGAGGAGUGAGGGUAAGACUUACAGUCAAAAGACGGAUGCUGAUGCCUCUUCAGUAGUGACGCAGAGUAGUCAGAAUGCGAUAUCAGAGAUCAGGAUACCAAGAGGAAGAGGGAGGCCUCCACGGAAUGCUAACAGAACCGACAUUGGUCCAUCAGGAUUAGUUAGUAUAACUUCUAUUUGGGCAGAUGAUGAUAAGCCUAAAGGAAAGAGAGGUCGGCCAAGACUUCGUCCCUUGGAGCCUGAGGAGAAAGUGGAGCCGGAGGCCGCUCCUAAUAAGCCUCUAAAGGUGAAGCGUCCAAAAGGUCCAAAGGAUAUUAUGCACGAAAUUAUACAUAGGUUAUACAAAAGAGACAAACAACAAAUCUUUGCAGAACCAGUAAACGCUGAAUUUGUCCCUGACUAUUACCAAGUUAUUAAAAACCCAAUGGACUUCUCGACAAUGAGGAAAAAAGUGUCUCAAGAUGAGUAUAAAGACUUUGAUUCAUUUGCCAGUGACAUUAAACUUAUCAUAACUAACUGUUAUACAUACAAUAAGAUAGGGACUAUGGUAUAUAGGAUGGGUUUGAUUCUGGAGGAGACUUGGGAUAAAAGUCUGGAGGGUAGUAGGACUAGAUAUGAGCAAUCCAUAAAGAACAUAGAAGAAUAUGAGGAGAAAAAGAGAGCUGGUGAAAUUAUCAGUGACUCUGAGUCGGAGUCACAACCAACUUGGAAUCAGACUCCUACUUCUCCUCCAACAAUUGAAUCUCCUAAUCCAUCUAACCAGAGGUCAAUGGUAACAAGAAGAAUGGAAGCCAGACUUUCAAGCUCUCAUUCUCCUUGGGUGGCUAAGGGAAGUGGAGGGCCUGGAGUUGGGGGAGGUACAUCUGGAGUAGGAGGAUAUGCAGGGGAAAGAGACUUAGCUUUAGGAUCUGAUUUAACGAAUAGAAGAGCGUUAGGAGGCCAUCCAUUUGGAGGUACAAUGAUAUAUAGAGGGGGAGAAUUGGGUAGAUAUCCAUAUCCAGCAAUACCUACUCAGGGUCACCAAAAUCCCAAGCCUAAAGGUCCUACUUUGGCAGACAUCUGUAGAGGAGGAGUCAAGUCAAUUAAAGAGAAUCUCGAGAAACUCAAAAUUGAUAAGUUUGAACCUUUCAGCUCUUUAAUCAGACAGUUGGCAACCCAGCCAUGCAUCAGAACCCCAACUGUAGAUGACUGGUAUGUCUUUGACAAACAGCUUUCUGAGAUUCAGUACCGUAACUCUGUUAAAAGAUUUAUUGGAGAAGACAGUAUCCAAGCUCUGAAGAAGAUUAUGGAUAUCGAAACUGCCCUAUUGGAAAUUGAUCCUAAUCCAAGUAUUUCCAAGCUUCCCCUAAGUGACACUAGGCUCUUUGGAAUAGAUACAGAUGAUUUUGCUGUAUUUAAUCAGAACUUAUCAGUAGAUGGAAGCUUUCUACUGGGGGUUGGUGAAAAUCAUGUAAAGGUUGCUCUAACCCUCGAGGAUGAUGUCCCUGGUUUGGAUCUCUCGGCUCUAAGGGAGCUUGUAACUAAGUAUACCCAGCACCCUCUCUCCACACAACAAAAUGCGGGAGUAACCAAGCCUAACCAGGGUCCUUUUCCCAACUCCUCUGGAAUCCAGGGGACUGGUGUUGGAGUCGGAGUUGGAGUUGUACCUGGAGCUGGACAUUCAGCUACCCACAUAAACUUUAGUAAGCCCUCUUUUGGAGUCACUGGCCAGAGUCAGCAUCCGUCUUUACCCCACAUUCAGGCCGGUGAACAAAAGCCUGAUUUACCUUCUCAGAAGCCAACUAUGACAGGUAUUGAGACUAAAAUUCAAGAUCGCAAGCCUUCAAACUAUAACAGAUUUAAUCAACAAGGAGAGGGAUUAGUCAGUUCUACGGAAACUCCUGGUAUGAGUAACAUCCCUAUGUCCCAGAUAGGCCAGACCCACCCUCACAGCAGAGUAGCCUACAAACACAACUAUCCCAUUGCAGCUGGGCCUGGAUCAGGGACUGGAGCUAUGUCUGGAGCUGUUGUUAAUACUCCCGGAAAGGCAGGAACCUCCGGAAUUACUGGUACUGGGAGCAUGGGCAGCUAUUAUGAGAGCUGCCCUCCAACUAAAAUCCAAAAAUUUGAGUCUUCCCAUUAUCCUGUUCAUGGUAGUACAUCCCAUACAUUUCCCUCUUCACACACAACAAUCUCUCCCCAUACUUCACAUCCUACACGCUCAGUGCAUACAAUUCAGCCAACAAACCUUUCACAACCAAAUGUUCAGCCCCUUUCUUCUCUUACUGGAGGUAGUAAUCCAGGAGGUUCUCUGAGCUACAGUCAGGUCAAUGGACGUGGAAUCCAACACGCGGGCCAAAUACAUGUGCAGGGACAUGUUGCAGGUCCCGGGCCUGGGCAUUUACAUGGACAUCGUAUCCAAAGCAACGGUUUAGUGGCUAAUUCCACAAGUUCUAAUCACAUUGCUCCUGGUGGUGUUGGAAAUGGCACUAAUCCAAAUAUUAGUGUUUCUACAUCCAGCUCCAACAAUACAAAUAAUAUUCGCUUGAGUGCUAAUUUGAACAUAUCUUCUAAUGCAGCCACAGCCACAGCCACCACUAAUGCUUCUAUUUCUGCUAAUACCAUUUCUCCGGUUCCUAAGACUCCCGUUGCUUCCUCUACAAAUAUAACUUCCGCCAAUACUGCUAAUACUACAGUCACUACUCCUUUAGGUGGUUCUAUUGCAGCUUCAGUUGCUCCUGGGUCAGCUACUAACACUUCAAUAAAUGGAGGUAACUCUAUGAAUCACGUUGGUAACGUACCGAACUCUGCUAUAACAACUCCCACAGCUUCAACGACUUCAUUGGCCACAAAUGCCCCAAAUAUACAAUACUUGAACAACGAGACUCGGAGACUUCCAGAGAAGUUAAACUAUCCUCAAAACGUGAUGGCAAAUCAAAUUCACCAUCAGGUGCAUCCUAAUCUCAACAGAACUCAUGGUGGUAAACCAAAUAGUCAUUAUAUCCAAAUUAACGCGGGUUCUGGAGGCCCAGUCGGAACUGGAGCUGGAACUGGAGCCGGAACUGGAGCCGGAACCAGAGCUGGGGGAACUGGAGUCGUACCGGGUACUGCUCAACUUGUGGACCACACUAUGGUAGGAGGUGGUAUUGGACAGCAAAAAACCAUUCCAAGUGGUUACAUGCCAAAUGGCGAGUACAUUUCUCGGGGAGCUGACUCAAACGUAGGUAAUAGUACUAAUAGUAGUGCUACUACAAAUAAUAAUAAUAACAAUAAUAAUAAUAAUAAUAAUAGCAGUAACAAUGCUAAUAGGUAUGUAAUGUACCAGCAAAACACUAAUAAGAAAGACCUACCUAUUGAAAUUAAAGAACGAGCACGUUUAGACCAGAAUAUGUAUAUUGCAGAGGGAAUGGGAGUCAACGGUAUAAACAUGAGAUCUCGUCAGCAAAUGCUGCAGAUGCAAUCCCAAAACUCCGCUCAAGUACAUCAAUACCACCAGUAUCCCCCUCAGUCGCAGAUUCCUAUUCAUAAUCCCCACAUAAAUAAUAACAGUGUUUCCAGUGUGAGUGGCAAUAAUAAUUACUAUCAAAAAUAUAAUAAUAGCAAUGCUGCAAACGGUAAUAGUAACAUGCACUACCACAAUAGAAACAUUUUACAAAUAGGACAGACACCUUCUAAUAUACCGAAUAUUGUCAAUCCUAUCAACAACAUAACUAGUGGGAGCUCCCAAUUCACGCAAGAUGGAAUUCACCAUCUUGUACAAAAAAAACAAAAUUAG